AUGAAUAAAUUAUAUAAGCAUCUGGGAGUGUCUAUAAAAGGUGGUUACUUGUCGUACUGUCUAAUAUUUGAGGAUAAACUAUCCAAAGUCGGCUGCGUAUCGCUAAAAUGCUCCUCGGAAGAUCAUGUGCAGAAGAUUGGCUCGGCUCUAGCAUUGCUUAAACAUGAUGGAACCCAAAAUCCGGACCCUAGUUCAUGGGCUGUUGCUAUUCAGAGCGAUCUCAUAAUGCCCAGAUCGUACACUCAGUCCGUCAGGCUGUACAAUAUGUGUAGACUCAGAUCAAUCGUAGAGUGCCAUUGUAACAGUUUAUUCGGAGUAAAGCCUGUAUUUGUGAAGGAACGUGAAUUACAUCAAAUUAUCGCAAAAGUUACAAAAAGCAAAAUCUCUAACCACGAAGACUUAUUAAGCUAUGCCAAAAAGAAGCUAAACAAUUAUUUCGGAUCAGUAAAUAGUAACCAACUUUCAAGUAUAGCGGUAGCAUGGGCCAGUGCUAUAUCUGUAAAGAGAAUGGUGGAAAUUGAAUCCCUGAAGCUCGAUGAAAAAAUUAUGUCAACCAUUGAACAAAAGAUCAAGCAAGAUAAAAUUGUCAAGGGUCUCGUCCAAAGUUUGGAACAAGAAAUCGAUCAGACAACAGAAAAGGAAAUACAAGGUGUACUAAAGAGUAGAAUUAAUAAGCUAGUAGAUUACUACAUUCAACAAAUGGUGUAA